GAUAAACGACAAAUGGCUUCCUAUUCCCUAAAUAAGUUCACUACACAUAGCUUUAAAUGAAACUACACCAUAAAUGGUAUGGUAUAUGGCCAUGUAGGAUUUAGUCUUUGGUUAGCAAGCAAACGGUAUAAAAAGUAUAUACAAAUAUUAACAGUACAAUUAUUUGAACAAAACACCUUUUGUGCGCGUGCUAUUCUGUCAGCCCUUGACAGCAGGAAAAUAGCGCACGAGACACGACGGUUAUGAAGAGACGGUCGCGUGGUUCAUUCUGAGGUAAAGUUAGCUUUUUGUUGACGAACACAAAAUGGAGGAGCUUCUGUCUCUGAAAGAGUCGAUAGUUACGUACAUGGACAGAAGUGGAGGCCUGCGUAAGCUUGUUGAAGCCUGUCAGUCUCUUAAAGAUUCCCAGCAGGUGUAUCGUUUCUGUUUUGACGUGAACCCCUCGGACAUGGUUGAACUGGAUGCCAGACUGGGAGACUGCAUAUUACACGACCCCCUGAAAGCCACUUCGCUCUUUCAAUCUGUUUGUUUUCUCUCAAUAAAGACACUGUCGCUAAUUGAGCACAUACACACAGAGAGCCAGGUUAAUGUUGUUCUACGUCCAACACACAUGCCACCAUUUCCCAACUACGUUCUGGACUUAUCCGAGUUCCCUCGUGGCUAUUAUCUGAUGAGGCCUGUAGCAUUGGAGGGCCUUGUAAUUGCCAUGACUUGUGUGACAAAAUACACUCAAGGAGCCAGAUUCAUCUGUGAAGAAGAAAAAUGUCCUUGCUCCAGAGGUUUCCACCAUAUUAGAGUACAUGCACCAGGAGCUACAGAGUCAUCUACUGUCCGGAGCGACUUCGUCUGCUUCCUUUGCUCCUCGCCACUCAAAGAGGAUGUGAAAUCUCGUGUUUUAGGGAAUAAGCAGCUGGUUGAGCUUGUACACGUGAGAGCGCUGGAUGUGUUGGGAGUCCAUGAGAAUUCCUCCCUGAGAUAUCAAUCUGUCACUCUGUUUUUGAGAGAUGAACUGUGUAACACUAUGAAAAUUGGCCAGCUGUACCGAGUAGUAGGUAUACCAGCACAUGUACACCAGUGGUCCAAUAUUACUUGGACCAUCGAGGCUUGCAGCGUUCAAAAUCUCAUGCCUGACUAUUCCUCCUGUGUAAGCGACAAUUUCCAGGUCCUGCAUGCUGCCUCAGCCUGUUCCCCAUGGAGAUUCUCUGCCAUUGUUGCUAACUCGUUUGGCUCUCCAGUAGUCCCGCCUGGCCUGUACAGCACACUGAAACUGGCACUGCUUCUUAGCCUGGUGCAGACCAAAAAGGAGACUUUAGAGGCACACAAUCAUUUGGAUGUGCUCGCGUUCACCGGCGAUACUCUUAACGUUGAGAGGUUAAUGACAUACAGUCUGGGCCUGGCAGCACGGGGUAUUCGUCACCCGGUUACUGGAGAACUGUUCGCCUCCUUGUCCAGGGAUGACCAUGGAGCAGGAACAGCUAACAUCCAUGCAGGCUCUGCUCUCCUGGCUGCUGGGGGUGUGUGCCUGCUAGGGGACUUAACAUGCUACAAGAAGGACAGGAUAGACACCCUCCAGUCAGCAUUAGAUAGCAGAGCAGUCUCUGUGUUUAUCCCUGGAAAGAAGUAUGGUGAAGAUACUGACCAGCUUCUUUCUUUCCCCAUCGACUGCAACUUUUGGGCCUUGGCUGAUGCAAUAACUCCUUCUAAAAAAGCUACCAGGCCAGACAGUGUACUGCUGGGCUCUGUUGAGAUGGGUCUGGUACCCCCACAAGUUGUAGAUGCAUUUGGGCUUGUGAUCCAGUGUCGAGAGCCCGGCGGUAACCACCCACUCCUUCCAAUGACAGUACACACCCUGAGGCAGGCCAUUUCACCAGGAGAGCCCAUUUACCCUGCCUGCAUGCAGUUUACCACACAGGACUACAAAGAUCUCCUAGCUUAUGCCCGGAGUCUGAAGGUAGACAUGAGCACUGAAGCUGAGAUGAUGAUCCAUGGUUACUACAUGGCCAGUCGGAGAGUGCGCUCCUCAGUACCCGUUGCAUCCAUUAAACUGCUGAUAGCCCUUGCACAGGCUCAUGCUAAGCUUAACCUGAGGACUCUUGUGCUGGAAGAGGAUGCAGUUAUUGCAGUGUUGCUGUGUGAGAACUCCAUUACUCUAAAACAUGGGGCCUCGGUGCUUGUUAUUUCACCCGAUGCAGUGUUUCCCUGUGAUCUGCAUGACCUGGAGUCCCUGCACAGACGAGACCUGACCUUGGAAGAGUUCCACCAGCAGAUCCUGCAGUUUGUAUACAACUAUGCACCAGGAGCUGCCACCUACAUCAUGGAAGAAUAGGGCACAUUUAAUCUGAGGUAUCCCUGAAGCUUUUUUUUUUUUUUUUAAAAUGGCAAAAACUUAUGAAAUUAGAUGUAGUAAGGUUCAGCUGUUCUUAAGUUAAGGCAAUAUUUAUAUCUGUUAAUUUGCUUUGGUAUUAAUCUCACAUCUAAUGUAUAUAUUCAUAAUCUUACAAUAUUUAUAAACAAACUUAAAAAAAAAUUCCAGUCUCGUUCAAACAAGCAAUUGAUAACUUGCACCUCCAAGGUCAAAGAAGUCAGUCUCUAAAGAUCAUUGGGAGAAAAGGAUUGGAAAAAAGCCAGAAAGACGUAUGAUUCGAAUAGAAACAUCAAAGUCUAAACAAGGCAUCUUCCCAGAUGAUUUUUACAUGAGUGGUCAAAGAUCACAUGUACUAUCUAUGCUCUGGCUAUAACAUUGAGUUUAGCAGCAUGCCUAACCCACAAUCAGGUAAUGUCCAUGAUCCCCAAGAUAGCUUUUCAGAUAGUCACAUUAUCAACAACCCAAUCUGGUCUGACGGGUAAACGGCAGAAAUGUGAAAGUCAUCAUAAAUGCAGCAUAUCUCAGGCUCAA